AUGUGCCGGCCGAGGGAGCGGCGCGCCGUGUAGAGUGUGAGGAGAGGUGGCCGGCUGUGUGCUUGUCAUUUCAGUCAGGUUUAUUUCUGCUCGCCGGUCCUCUCCCCCCCCCUUUUCUCUCUCCUCUUCUAUGCUCUCCUCUCUUCUCCACCCCUCCCUCUCCUGUUCAGUCAUAUUGUGAUCACCACUCCCCCCUCCCCCAUCGCUGCUCCAGCUUCUGCCGCCUUCAGUCUGCGUGUGAGGGAGAGAGAGAGAGCGGCCGGCCGGCGGGGGAGCCGGGGGACACCAUGCUGUGAUCAGAUACCUCCUCCUCCUCUCUCCCCCACAACUACACGACACCUGCAUCGCCUCCGUCAGACUUUUCUGGAUGCAAUUUCCUAAAAUAAUGCCGUUGUUUACCAUGGAACAGUAUUCAAGACAUAUCUGUGGAAUUACCCUUCAAGCUUUUUGAAUAUCCCCUAAAAUGCACAUGAUCUAGUGUUUGACAAGAGGCUUUGUUUGUUUGGGCUGUGAAGACCCCUUGCCAGCUGGAUUUACUGACCUUCUCUGCCUAUUUGCCUGCCCAAAGGGAUUGUGGCAGAAAUGGCGAACAAUUCGGUUGCAUACAGUGGUGUAAAAAACUCUACAAAUGAAACAAACCAUGGUGGAGAAUUUGGGAUCACUGUUGAAGACCUUCGGGACCUUAUGGAAUUGAGAUCCACGGAUGCAUUACAGAAAAUUCAAGAAUGCUAUGGAGAUGUAUACGGCAUAUGUAGUAGAUUGAAAACCUCACCGCAUGAUGGUUUGAGUGGAAAUCUGUCAGACCUUGAACGGAGGCAAGAAGUAUUUGGAAAGAAUCUUAUACCUCCUAAAAAGCCAAAAACUUUUCUUCAGUUAGUAUGGGAAGCAUUACAGGAUGUAACAUUAAUUAUUCUAGAAAUAGCAGCCAUAAUAUCUUUAGGCCUUUCUUUUUACCGACCUCCUGGUGGAGAUAAUGAAUUGUGUGGAGAAGCCACUGGCACUGGUGAAGAGGAGGAAGGGGAGGCAGGCUGGAUUGAAGGAGCUGCUAUCCUUCUAUCUGUUGUAUGUGUGGUGUUAGUAACCGCUUUUAAUGACUGGAGUAAAGAGAAACAAUUCCGAGGGUUGCAGAACCGAAUUGAACAAGAGCAAAAAUUUACAGUUGUCCGUGGAGGCCAAGUUAUCCAAAUUCCAGUGGCUGAUAUAGUUGUUGGAGACAUUGCACAAAUAAAAUAUGGUGAUCUGUUGCCUGCUGAUGGUGUACUAAUUCAGGGAAAUGAUCUUAAAAUUGACGAAAGUUCAUUAACUGGAGAAUCUGAUCAUGUUAAGAAAAAUCUGGAAAAAGACCCUCUACUGCUUUCUGGAACGCAUGUUAUGGAGGGCUCGGGAAAAAUGGUUGUCACUGCAAUUGGAGUGAAUUCCCAAACUGGAAUUAUUUUUACUUUACUUGGAGCUGGAGAACAUGAAGAAGAGAAAGAAAAAGAAAAAAAGGAAAAGAAAAGCAAAAAACAAGAUGGCACAGCUGAAAAUCGAAACAAAGCAAAAGCUCAAGAUGGUGCAGCAAUGGAAAUGCAGCCUCUUAAGAGUGAAGAUGGCGGAGAUGGAGAAGACAAAAAGAAAACAAAUAUGACAAAGAAAGAAAAAUCUGUUUUGCAAGGCAAACUUACUAAAUUGGCAGUGCAGAUCGGAAAAGCUGGCUUGGUUAUGUCUGCAAUUACAGUCAUAAUCCUCGUUCUUUACUUUGUCAUCAAUACAUUCUGGAUUCAGCAACGUCCAUGGUUGUCAGAGUGUACGCCCAUUUAUGUCCAAUAUUUUGUCAAGUUCUUUAUUAUUGGAGUCACAGUUUUGGUAGUAGCAGUUCCAGAAGGUCUUCCACUUGCAGUUACCAUUUCACUGGCAUAUUCUGUCAAGAAAAUGAUGAAAGAUAAUAACUUGGUUCGGCAUCUGGAUGCUUGUGAAACCAUGGGAAAUGCCACUGCAAUCUGCUCAGAUAAAACUGGAACAUUAACUAUGAACAGAAUGACUGUUGUUCAAGCUUUUCUAAAUGAUAAACAUUACAGAAAGAUUCCCGACGCAGAGUCUUUACCUGAAAAUUUGCUGAACCUCCUUAUCACAGGGAUUUCAGUCAACUGUGCUUACACGUCCAAAAUUUUGACUCCUGAAAAAGAAGGUGGCCUACCACGCCAUGUUGGUAACAAAACUGAAUGUUCCUUGCUGGGAUUUCUUUUGGAUCUAAAACGUGACUACCAAGAUGUACGGAAUGAGAUCCCGGAGGAAACCCUUUUUAAAGUGUACACUUUUAAUUCUAGCAGAAAGUCUAUGAGCACAGUGUUGAAAAACAAUGAUGGUAGUUAUCGAAUGUUCAGCAAGGGUGCCUCAGAGAUCCUCCUUAAAAAGUGCUGCAAAAUUAUUUGUGCUGAUGGUGAAGCCAAAAAUUUCAGACCAAGGGAUAGGGAUGAUAUGGCUAAAAGAGUGAUUGAACCAAUGGCAUCUGAGGGCCUGAGAACCAUAUGUUUGGCUUAUAGAGAAUUUCCUGCUGAGGAACAUGAGCCUGACUGGGAAAAUGAAAAUGAUAUCCUUGCUGGUCUCACCUGUAUUGCUGUUGUAGGCAUUGAAGACCCAGUAAGAGCAGAGGUGCCAGAUGCAAUAAGAAAAUGUCAACGAGCUGGUAUUACAGUCCGAAUGGUAACAGGGGACAACAUUAACACCGCUCGUGCUAUUGCCACAAAAUGUGGAAUUCUUCACCCUGGGGAGGACUUCCUUUGUAUAGAAGGCAAAGAAUUCAAUAGAAGAAUACGAAAUGAAAAAGGAGAAAUUGAACAAGAACGAAUAGAUAAACUUUGGCCUAAGCUUCGUGUUCUUGCUAGAUCAUCUCCAACUGAUAAGCAUACAUUAGUAAAAGGUAUUAUUGACAGCACAAUCUGUGAACAGAGACAAGUGGUAGCAGUAACUGGUGAUGGGACCAAUGAUGGACCUGCCUUGAAGAAAGCAGAUGUUGGGUUUGCUAUGGGUAUUGCUGGAACAGAUGUUGCAAAAGAAGCUUCUGAUAUUAUUCUCACAGAUGACAACUUCUCCAGCAUUGUAAAAGCAGUAAUGUGGGGAAGAAACGUGUAUGACAGCAUCUCAAAAUUUCUACAAUUCCAGCUUACUGUCAAUGUAGUUGCAGUUAUUGUAGCUUUUACUGGAGCAUGUAUCACACAAGACUCUCCACUUAAGGCUGUUCAGAUGUUAUGGGUAAAUCUUAUUAUGGACACAUUUGCAUCACUUGCUUUGGCAACUGAGCCUCCAACUGAAUCUCUGUUAUUGAGAAAACCUUAUGGGAGAAAUAAACCCCUCAUAUCUCGCACAAUGAUGAAAAAUAUUUUGGGCCAUGCAGUCUACCAGUUAGUUGUGGUCUUCACACUACUAUUUGCGGGCGAGAAACUUUUUGAUAUCGACAGUGGUAGAAACGCUCCACUCCAUGCGCCUCCAUCACAGCAUUAUACCAUUGUGUUCAACACCUUCGUUAUGAUGCAGCUUUUUAAUGAAAUUAAUGCCAGGAAGAUUCAUGGAGAGAGAAAUGUGUUUGAAGGAAUAUUUAACAAUAUCAUAUUCUGCAGCAUUGUAUUAGGUACUUUCAUAAUACAGAUCGUAAUUGUUCAGUUUGGCGGCAAACCUUUUAGUUGUACGGAAUUGACAGUAGAUCAGUGGCUUUGGUCCGUUUUUCUGGGUUUGGGAACAUUACUUUGGGGCCAGCUGGUAACCACAAUACCAACGAGUCGUUUGAAGUUCCUCAAAGAAGCAGGUCAUGGGACACAUAAGGAUGAAAUUCCAGAAGAAGAGCUUGCUGAAGAUGCAGAGGAGAUUGAUCAUGCAGAGAGGGAGUUGCGCCGUGGUCAGAUCUUAUGGUUUAGGGGCCUAAACAGAAUUCAGACUCAGAUGGGAUGGUCCUUUCUCUUGUUCUCUCUCUCUCUUGCUGAGCAAGCUGUCACAAUCUCUGAUUCCUUGCAGAUGGAUGUAGUGAAUGCUUUCCAAAGUGGAAGUUCCAUUCAGGGGGCUUUAAGGCGGCAACCCUCCAUCGCCAGCCAGCAUCAUGAUAUUCGAGUGGUGAAUGCAUUUCGUAGUUCUCUGUAUGAAGGAUUGGAAAAGCCUGAAUCACGAAGCUCUAUCCACAAUUUCAUGACACACCCAGAGUUUAGAAUAGAAGACGACUCCGAGCCUCAUAUUCCGCUCAUUGAUGACACAGAUGCUGAAGAUGAUGCUCCCACAAAACGUCACUCUACUCCACCUCCCUCUCCCAAUCAAAAUAAUAAUGCUGUUGAUAGUGGAAUACAUCUUACUAUAGAACCGAACAAGUCAGCUACCUCUUCAUCCCCAGGCAGUCCACUACAUAGUCUGGAGACUUCACUCUGAUUGUAAGACGAAUGUCAACAUUCUAGCUGAUUUGAAAAGAAAACUGGGUCCUUUACACACAAUGCAGCGGGCAGAAGAGUGCCUGCUCCUUGGACUUCAAAUGAAGACUCACUUGUAUGAAUGUAGAUUUAUUUUUUUAAAAAAUGCUUUCUGCCAGACUGAGGGUGCUUUUCUUGGGAAGGAAAAGGGAUGGGAUAAUUGGGAUGAACUCUUUGACAAGAUGCUUCGUAACCCAGCAAAAGCAACCUGCAGAGCAUCAGUUACACUAAACGGUGAUUGGCCUGGACAGUAUGUUAGAAACAUUCUAGUUUAUAUUGAUCCACAUUAUUAUUUUUUGGGGGGCCCGGGGUUGUUCAUUUGAUUAUUUAUGUUAUAAAUGAUACAGAUCUGUUUACAAGGUUUAUAGAUAUUUUUUUCCUGUUCAUAGAAGGGAAGUUUCCUUAUUUGCAAUGAAAGCGAUAAUGUCCAUUUAAACACUGCUGUAUUUUCAAGAAAAAAGGGGUGUUUCUAUUGAAAUUGUUUGAAAAAAAACUUUGCCUGCAAUUUACUCAAUAUGGUAGAUAAAUGAACUAAUAGCCAAAUAUAAAACAAAAAAACACUAAUGCUUCAGACAAGAUAAGAGCAGCAGUGUUAUAAUGAAAAAGAUGGCCUCUAUCCUUAGUUUCUUUAAUAAAAAAAAAAAAAAAAAAGUAAAAAUAAAAAAAAAAAGAAGAAAAAGAACUUGCAUUUACUACUUAAUGGUUUUCAAAUGAUUUUUUUUUUUUUAUGUUCAAGAAAUGGGAAAAAAAAUACUUUUUUGUUCCAAAGCUCAACAGAAGUUUGUGAAAUGCAGGACAUCAUGUGUGGCGGAUCUUGCUUGAAACCUUUUUGCUAUCUCCGUCAAAAUAUAUAAAAUCAAAAUACAUCAAAACUUUAGUCUUCUUAAUUUUCUAUAUAUAUAUAUUUUUUUUUUGUUUGUCUAACCAUGUUAGUUUUAGAUCUGUCUUGGUGAACUGUGAGUGGAACCGUGUUGAUUUUCUAAUAAAUCUUUAGAUGACCUUCAUGCAGCAUGAGGGCCUGUUGGCAUUUUGGAAAAAAAACCACAAAGAUACUACUAGAAAGUAGUACAGUCAUACAUGUUUUCCUUUUUUGUUUUUGGAACUUGUUUGUAAACACAAUAAACAUGCCCUUUUACUAAAUACAAAUGCAGCAAUGUUUUCUUACCUAUGUUGCCACUGUGCAUUUUCAGUGGUUGUACAUGUUUCAAGAUAACGCCAAUAAUGUGUUUUUGAAAUAUGUAUAUAAUUGGUAGUAGCUGAAUUCAGCCAUAUGGCUGACUGCUCUACCAUGUAGUCGUUUAAAAAAAAUAAAAGUUGAAAUGAAUUAAGGGCUUGUCCGCUUAAUAUAAGUUUAUCUUUGAGUAGAUGUUGAUGGGCUAAAUUCAUUUUUCUUUCAUCUUUUUUUAAUGUUUAAGGAUAGAAACAUACACCUGGAGCUCUUGCUCUUUUCCCCUUACAUCAGCAUGCACCAUACAUUGUUUUAGUGUUUUGUUGCAUUCCCUGUGUGGGAAUUGAGACCUGCUUUUGAGGGCAGUGAACAAACCUAGUCUUCUGUGAGCAGGGCCACUUCCUCCAUAUUCUUCAGUAGAUAGCCAAAGAAUUUGACAAACCUCAAAAUAUUUUUUUUUGGUUCCGUAUGAAUGUGCUAGUGUAAUCUAUUGGUGUUGUCUUUUAAGGGUAUAACAGUUUUCUGUGUUUUGAUUCAUAAUCUAAACCCACAACAUUAUUGUAAUUAAUUGGCUUUGCAUUACCCGCUGUACCAUUGUAUUCUGACAUUAGGGGAAUCUCCAGAACACACUAAUCAGUGCCUGCGGCCCAUUGGCUUUGAUUGAAAAAAGUUGUCCCUUUUGACAGAAGUCGACCCAUAGAUUGACUUCUGUCGAACAGGAGGUGCCACGCAGAGAGCAAAAUCUGUCUGGUCCCUGCUGAACCAGCCACAUUUUUAAUUGUGUGUACCCACCUUAAGCCAGUCAUUUGAUUAUACCUCAAGGCUACUGCUCCAAUCAGACUGACGGAUUCCCUCUUUGUCCCAUUUUUCUGGACCUCGUAAAUGACACCUGCUUAAGGUCCACCAUUGCACAAUGCAUAUGGAAUCUGGUUGCAAUAACCUACAUUCUCAAAGAAAUCUCCUCACACGCUUCUACGUGCCCAUUCCACCAAAUCGGUGGGUGUUUAAUGGGCAUUUCGGCACCAAACCUUAGUAGCACAGUUGUGUAAGGCCAUCAUCUCAUCUUCUGUUCAUGCUUUUUUCAAAGUUUUACCAGUUGGACUUCCAAUCUUCUGCUACUUCAGCUUUUGGCUGUUUGAUCCUGCUCUCUGAAGUUGGGUAUUUUGACCCUUGUUGGGCAUCUUGGCACAAUUGUGUAUGCCUCCUUGUUGCCCACCCUUCUUAAUCAUUGCUUGGUGUAAGAAUAUUCUGCCUGUGUCAUGUACUGUACAAUUAAGAUGGGAAUUGACUUCCCUGUAAAUUCUAUAUCUUUGAGUACUGUACAGGGCACAAGUCACCUUCCAUUCCAUUCCUUGGUUACUCUUCACUGCUUGCAACAAAACCUGAGGAUUUGUGGACUGGGAUAGGGUUAUAGGGGGGGUGCCCAUGGGGCAUGUCCACUAAAGUUUUGCCAGUAUCCAGUCACAUGAAGGUACAUGCCUAUACCCCAUGGUGUAUGAAUAUUCUGCCUGUGUCCUCUAUUGUACUCGGAUGUGGAAAUUACAGGUAAGCCAAAAUUCCUCUUUUGUGUUUUUAUAGUUCUUUUAGGCACUCCACUUUUACGUAGAACUUUUUUCCCCCCUGUAAUCUCAGUAAAAUGGCUAGAAAAAAAAUUGUGCUUGUAUGCAUACCUUCCCUGUAGUAGUAUCAGAAACCCACCAUCUUGCAAAAACCUUUGUUAAUGGUGGUGCCUUUGUUAGGUUAUUUCCCUUACAGAAGUAAUCUGCAGCAUCUACUUUCAUGUUUUGCGUGUAUACAGUAUAUAUUAUAUAGAAUGUUUUCUCCCCCCACAUUACUUUGCCCAUGCAAUCCCCUUAUACUCAUCUUGCUUGUGCUCCCUCAGUUGCAGCUGUUGACACUACCUGGUGCUUCCAGGAAUUGGGGAGCAUGUGACCUGCUCCCCCGUACAAUGUGCUUGGGCCUAGCAUCCAGUUUCUAGGCCCUAGCACUGUCACAUGACCAGAGAAUUGACGUCCACACUCACCCCCCCCCCUUUUUAACCACCCCACCGAUUUUAGUGCAGGCUGCAAUUUAAGAGGGGAAGUCAGGCAAGGUGAAUAUACAUAGGGGGGGUCAGGGAGGAGGGGUGGGGAGGGUCCCUUUGCAGAGACCCUGACACUUUGCCUUGCAUGAACAAGUUGACAAUGUCUCAAGAUAUUUUUUGGUAUGUGUGCAUUUUAUUCAAGGACAGAUGUAUACAAAACUAUAGUUGCUCAAAAGUCAUUUAAAUUAUGGCUGGCACAAAAAAAAGCACCAGAGUUGAAAAACCAUACCCUAUGUAUUCCUGAUUGUAAAGCUAAUUUUAUGAAAAAUUCCAGAAAAACUUUACUGCACAGUUUCUACAUUUUCAUAGGAAGAUAUUUACUAAGGUGUAAAAAAGAAACCAGAACAGAAGUGAUAUUGUUACCCAAUGACCAAACACAUUUGUAUUUUUCUUUUCUGUGAAAAUCAAGCCUAGAAUCUUAUUUCUAAUGAUUUUUUUAUAAAUGGGGCUCAUUUAUUCCAUUUCAGGUUUGAAUCUUGCUGGGAUGAAUGGGAAAAGAUAGUGGCGUUUAAACCAAGCUGGUCUUUACAGCUUUACUGCCUCAGCCUUUAUUAAUUUACCACACACAAUUAUAAACUGCUAUGGGUAGGCUUUUUGCUAAUACAAUUAGUGCAGCAUAUGUUAAAAUAACAGGAUUUGAGUUUACAGAAAAUCCACAUGUUGGGUAAGUAUGCAUCUGUUGUAGGUAGUGUUACUGAUGCUUAUCAGAAUUUGCGCUGAGUAUGGUAAAGACAAAGACUGAUAACAUCACAAGUUCAUUUAGAGUAAUGUUCAUACAUAGUUGUAAAUGAAUGAAGCUAUUGCGAGUCAUUGUCAUGACCAAACACUGGUAAAAAUUCACAUUGCAGCAGCUAUAAAGUGUUUUUAAACUUUGUGUAAUAUAUUGUGUAAUAUCUAUAAUAAAGGAUUACACUUUGAAA